AACACACUGUACGCAACCACAGCGCUGCCUCCUUCCUCUCUCUCUCUCUCCUUUUUCCCUCUCCAUUCUGUUCUUUCAUGCUCGUUUUUUCUCCUUUUCCUUCUCCGUAUUCACCCAUCCUGCUGCGUGAAAUACGCCGUUCAAUAACAUCGCCGGAAAAUGCCGAACCUCGCCGCCGCUCGGUGAACCACGCCGUGCCAGAACCCCUCCUUCGUAGCAACUUCGCGGCCGAUCGACGAAUAAAAGCAAGAGAGAGAAAUCGAUGGGUCAAACCCUAAUUUCGUAGGUUCCAGAAAUUGUCCCCGUUUGGCGCGAUUUCGAAAACCUUUGGCCAAAGGUAUUGUGGAAAUGAAUAAAGGAGGAGGUGGCCUGGGCGGCGGACCUGGCGGUGGUGGGGCAGCCGCCACCGGGCCGACUGCCGCCGCAGCAGCUGCAGCAGUGCAGAAGCAGAAAACCCUUCUGCAGAAAGUGGAUACUGACAUUGGAAACCUCAUCGACAAUUUUGGGUUCCUGGUUAACGUAGCUCGGGUCAAUGAUCCCCCGGUACGGAAUUCGCAAGAGUCUUUCAUGAUGGAGAUGCGCGCAGCAAGAAUGGUUCAAGCUGCCGACUCACUGCUAAAACUGGUUUCCGAAUUGAAGCAAACUGCGAUAUUCUCAGGAUUCGCUUCCCUCAACGACCACGUAGAUCAGAGAACGGCAGAGUUCAACAAACUUGCAGAAAGUACAGACGGCAUGCUGUCUAGAAUUGGAGAAGAUGCAGCAGCCACACUCAAGGAGCUCGAGUCCCAUUACUACGCCUCGUCUGUUAGAUCGACGAACGAGGAACUCGAGUAGAUACAUGAUAUAUAUAUAUAUUUUGUAUCGAGCAAAAACAGCUGCAGCAGUUGAUGCAAACAAGCUAUUUUCGUUGAAUUACCAAUGGUUUGUUGAACACAAUCUUGAUUCAGUAUAUUAUGAACUACUUUCUCAGAUUUCCUCUGUUCAGGCAGAGGUUUUUUAAAAAGUUACUUAGAAAAAGAAACGAGUGUAUCUGAUGUGAAUUUUAUUUUAUUUUAUAUUUUAAGUAUGUCUCAAGACUGUUUUGGAGC